AUGCUGAUCCAGGAGUCCCAUGUCGAUGUCCCCACCACGGUCGAUGGCCAGGGGACGAUGAGAAUCUAUGUCUUCCACCCCACAAUUCCAGGCUACCCGAACGCCAGGUUUCCGGGAGUGGUUGUAUUUAGCGAGAUCUACCAAGUGACCGGCCCCGUGGCACGCUUCGCGCGCCAAAUCGCUGGCCAGGGCUAUAUCUGCGCGGCGCCGUCCAGCUACCACGAAUUCACAGGCCCGGAGCCUCUGAAGUACGAUGCGGAAGACACGGACAAGGGGAACGCGUGGAAGAUCGGAAAGAAACUGGCUGCCUACGAUGAGGAUGCCAGCUUGUCUGUGGACUACUUGCUCUCGCUGCCGACGUGUAAUGGCCGCGUCGGCGCGACAGGCAUGUGUCUCGGCGGCCAUCUGGCGUACCGAUGUGCGCUGGAUAGCCGGGUGAAGGCGGCUGUGUGUUACUUCGCGACGGACAUCCACAGCAAGACCCUGGCGCAGGGUAAGAAUGAUGAUAGUCUGGCGCGGGCGGAGGAUAUCAAGGGGGAACUGUUGAUGAUCUUCGGCAAAAACGACAACCACGUCCCGCCCGAGGGCCGCGACCUAAUCCGCAAGACCCUGCAUGACAAGGGCGUUCUCUUCAGUUUCUACGAAGUCGCUUGGGCGCAGCAUGCCUUUAUCCGAGAUGAGCUCAGCAAGGGCCGGUACGACCCUGCCAUCACCAAGGCGUGCUUCGAGCUGCUGCUGGAGCUGUUCGGCCGCACGCUGAAGCUGGAUCUAGGCGAGCAUGAUGGCAAGAAGCUGGUGGUGGAGGACGUCUGCUAA